UUUACAGAUGCUGACAAAAUUAAACCUUCCCUCUAUUUGAAGAGUGCUAGCAUAUCCCAAAGAGGAUCAACUGUAGUGAUAGACUGUGAAUUCUCAGAGGUCUAUCCCGAGGCCUCAUGUGUCCUGGUCUACAGAGAGUAUGGCAGUCCUCUCCUGACAGUGGUGGAGUUGUCCCAACGCAUCAAUUUCCCUGUCUAUCUAUCACUGUGGACAGCCCUGAGAACUAUACCCUUGCACUGUUUGGGGAAAAUGGUGCAAGCAGUUUGGAUGAAGAGCCACUGGUGGAUACUAAAUUCAGUGACUCUGGUAAGAAUCACUAGAACCUCUUUAGGUAUUUGGGUAACUUUCACAACAAUGAAAGUUAUAUGCAAACUGUUUACAUACCCAAAGACCAAUUGUGAAAACUAUAGUGUCACAUUUCAUUGAGCUACAGAUGAAAAGGACAGAGGGAAAGAAGAAGGAAAGCACAAUUCCCAAGGACCAGUUGUUGCCAUAUCCAUUGGCACAGUAGUGGUGUGUGUUCUAGUAUGUGGCUCAGC